CUUCAGCACAUUCAGAAGAACUUUAGGAACCUGAGCGCGAUCAGGGCAACUCUUUCAGGACUCAAUCUCAUUCUAAACAUAAUGAAACCUAUUUUUAACCUCUUACUCACUGCAUGUGUUUUACAUCUGACUUCAUCAACAGAACAUAAUGGACCUCUCCUGCACACAAGACUGGGAGUCCUUAGGGGGGACUACAUGCGUGUUCACGGAAAGGCAACAGUGGUCCAUGCCUACCUGGGGGUGCCUUUUGCCCAACCUCCAGUGGGAAACCUAAGACUGGCUCCACCACAACCUGGGCAAGGGUGGGGGGGCAUCAGAGAUGCCACCCAAUUCCCUCCCAUGUGUGUACAAGACACAACAUUUUCUACAGGCCUGCUGGAGUCCGUCGGCCUGGUCAUGGAUCUGCCUGAGGUGUCUGAGGACUGCCUAUAUGUCAAUGUCUACACUCCUGCUCAGCCUGCCAAAGAUGCAAAGUUACCUGUGAUGGUGUGGAUCCAUGGAGGAGCGUUUCUUAUGGGGUGUGCCUCCAUGUUUGAUGGAUCUGCCCUGGCAGCGUAUCAGAAUGUGGUUGUGGUUCACAUGCAGUACAGGCUGGGCAUGCUGGGGUUCUUCAGCACAGGAGACGAUAACGCCCCGGGAAACCUGGGCCUUCUGGACCAGCUAGCGGCGCUGGAGUGGGUCAAAGACAACAUCCACAGCUUUGGGGGGGACUCGUCCUCCGUCACAAUAUUUGGAGCGUCUGCAGGGGGUGUUAGCGUGUCACUGCUGGUUCUUUCCCCGCUAAGCGCGGGUCUUUUCCAUCGCGCCAUAGCAGAGAGUGGCACAGCGGGCAUGGUUUCCAUCAUGAACGCUGAUCCUCUGCCCUCAGCAAAGAUUGUGGCCAAUGCAACACACUGUGAGGGCACCAAGCCAGACCAGAUUGUGGAUUGUGUGAUGCGGAUGUCAGCAGAGGAAAUCAUAAAGUUUCAGCAGGAGCAUCUUCAGGUGUUCUUUGGAGUGGUGACGGAUGGCUAUUUUCUACCAAAGCCAAUACCAGACCUUCUUAAUUCUCAUGAGUUCAACAAGGUGCCAUUAAUUAAUGGUGUAACUAACCAUGAAUAUGGCUGGGGGCUACCGAGAUUUUGGGCCCCACCUGACUGGGUAGAGGGGAUGGAUCGUGACUCAGUCAAAACUUAUUUUGACCUCUUCUACCCUAAUCCGGACACCGAAAUCAGCACCGCCUUGAUCAUGAACGAGUACAUAGGGAAUGGAGAAGACCGCAUCAAAAACAGAGAUGGCUAUACUGAGUUUUUUGGAGACAUUACGUUCACCAUUCCUGCUAUCACAGUAUCAAAUGCUCACCGAGAUUCGGGAGCACCAGUCUUUGCCUAUGAGUUCCAGCACCCGCCAAACAUGCUUGCAAAGAGACGCCCCAGCUUUGUCAGAGCAGACCACGGAGACGAGACUGUCUUUGCGUUUGGAGUCUGCUUCCUUAACGGCCGCCUCAAGCUGAAUGGCACGUUUACGGAGGAGGAGGAGGAGCUGUGUAGAACGAUGAUGGCAUACUGGGGCAACUUUGCACGCACCGGAUCCCCCAACGGGCCUGGCUUGACCCAUUGGCCUGCAUACGGUGCCAGGGAGGAGUACCUGGGUAUCGGGCUGAAGCAGCAGGCGGGACAACACCUGAUGGGUGACCGCUACACCUUCAUGACCCAGACACUGCCAGAGAAGAUCCAGGAGAUGAAGCAGCAGCAGCAGCAGCAGCAGCAGCAGGGAUCACAGCAGCAGCAGCAGCAGCAGCAGCAGCAGCAGGGAUCACAGCAGCAGCAGCAGGGAUCACAGCAGCAGCAGCAGCAGCAGCAGCAGGGAUCACAGCAGCAGCAGCAGCAGCAGCAGCAGCAGCAGCGCUCUGAGCUCUAGAGGAGACAGCUGCUGAUCACCUGAUCCAAUCACACUCAUGUCAGCCAGACCUCUUGUUAUGGCAGCAGAUCCAGUAUGUUGUGGAAAAUAAUGCACUCAAUAAAAAUACAUCUUUAUCUAAAAAUGUUAAAUCCAGUUACCAGAAUAAUUAAAUCCAGUAACCAGAAUUAAAAAUAAUUCCUUUUCUCUACUGAGCAAAUAAACAAGCACGU